AUGAAGCAUGGAUGGAGGCCAAGCUUCGUAGCAUCAAUUGUGCGGUCAUAUUACCAUACUUUAAGUAGGAUUCCUAAUGCUUUGCCAGACAAGAUAUUGGGUUUGACAGAAGUGUUUAACAAGGAUACGAAUCCUCAGAAGGUUAACUUGACUGUGGGGAUAUAUAGGGAUGAUUUGGGGCUUGUGACUAAUUUUAAAUCGGUGGUGCAAGCUCAGAGCAUUUUGAGUGCAGAUAUGGGGAUAUCUGGAGAUUGGUCGUAUUUACCAAUUGCUGGAUGUCCAGAAUAUAGCACUAGUGUGAUGGACUUUUUGUUUAAAGAAUCGGUACCACAGGCAAAGAGUUAUUUGGAAAGUGAUAAGAUUAGUUUUGUACAGAGUUUGAGCGGUACUGGGGCGUUGGCCAUAGCCACACGGUUUUUAACGUCCUUUAUUUCCAAAGUUAUUUGGGUUCCUGAUCCUUCUUGGGGGAAUCAUAUGAAUAUCUUUGACAAUAAUGGGUUCAAAGAGGUGCGGGUUUAUAAAUACUAUAAGGAUGGCUCAAUAGACAUUGAUGGGUGGUUAGAUCAGCUACGACAGGCCAAGUCGGAGUUUGGUUCACGAUACCCUCAUUGUAUAUUGUUACAGGCGUGCUGUCAUAAUCCGACAGGUGUCGAUCCUACACGGACUCAGUGGAAGAAGGCAUUGGAAGUGAUAAAUGAGUUGGGACUGAUACCAGUUAUCGAUAUGGCUUACCAGGGUUUAGAAUCUGGUGAUUUGAUUGAAGAUGCAUAUUUAUUAAGGAUGUGCCUGGAGCAUAAUUGGCGUAAUGGUUUAUACAUUUGCCAAUCGUUUGCCAAAAACAUGGGAUUAUACAGCGAGAGGAUAGGAUCGCUCAGUGUGAUCCAUCCUAUGGAUGAAUCAAAUACAAAGGCUAAGGCUGAUUCUCAGUUAAAAAGGAUUGUGAGGGGUGUAUAUUCAUCACCACCGAGUUAUGGUUCACGCAUAGCGACUCUAGUUCUUAACAAUCCAACCUUGAAAGCCCAAUGGUUUGAGGACGUGAAGAAGAUGACGGACCGGUUGUGGUCUGUAAGAGUCAUGUUAUAUGAAAGACUUAAAUGGGAUACCUUGAUAGAUCGAACUACGCAACACGGGAUGUUUUAUUAUUCGGGGUUUUCACCCAAGCAGGUAGAUAUACUAAGACGUCAUCACUCUAUAUAUCUUACUCAAGAUGGUAGAAUAUCGUUAGCUGGGAUUAACCGAAGCAACAUUGAUCAUGUGGCCCAGUCUUUCUUGAGUGUGUCGCGUUGUAGGUUAGCUUAA